AUGAUUGAAAUAUCAAGGAAAUGUUUGAUACAAAUUAUUUUAUCGUUUCUUCUCAUUUCAAAUGUUAACACAGAGGAAGCAGAUUUUGCGCCGCUUGUAUCAGCGACAUGUAAAGCUGGCUCUAUGAAUAUUAAAGUUCUCUUUAAUAAUGGAUAUAAUGGAGCUAUUCACGCAAGGGAUUUUAGAAAUCCUUACUGUAUGACAUUUGGAAAUGGAAGUAACACAUUAGCAAUGAGCCUCAAUUUGUUAGCAAAGCAAGGAGCAUCUGAUUAUUGCGGUAUACUUGUCAGUAACGUAAAUGAAGAUAAUAGCGAAGAGAGAUCAGUUCAAUUAGCUGUCCGAGUUCAUCGGACUUUAGAGUUAGCUGAAGAUAAAUUUUAUAUCAUAACGUGUGGAAAGCCAACAUUACCAAAAGACGACAACUCGCAAGUUGUGCUCAAAUUCUUCGAGGACGAUCGUCGUGUGCGUGAAUUAGCAUAUGGCAGAGAGUACGUAUUAAAGGCUGAAAUUAAUCACCAAACCAAUGACACACACCUCUAUCGUGGGAUUAAAGUGAAGAGUUGCUUUGCGUUCAAUAAGAAGAACUAUAGUUAUCCUUUAAUCGAUGAUCGUGGAUGUUCAACAGAUGGAAUUUUGUCAAGAUUCAUGUCAAGCAGUGAUGGAAUGACUGCUACUUCUAUGAUUGCGUCAAUGUUUCGAUUCCCAGAAGGAGCUGAACUUCACAUACAAUGUUCAGUGAGUUUGUGUGCUGAAAAGUGCCCAGAUGAUGAAAAGUGUGUCGAUACGAAGUCAUCAUUUAGAGAUGAAGAUAAGUCAGAUGUUGUCUUAGCAGCAACAACAGUCUUUGUAUUAGAUCCAGCAGAAAUCAGUAGAUCAGCUGCACUUUGUGAUGCAACAGGAAUCAGACCUCAUUGGUUACUUUGGCUUGCAAUCAUCUUAGGAAUUUUAUUCUUAAUCAUGCUUUUAAUGAAUUUGUUCCUUUGUACAGCCAUGUCAUGUUCUUGCGCAAGAACUGAAGUAAUCGAGAAAGAACCAUCCAUAAUUGAAGAAUACGAUCCUUAUAGAAGUUGGCAUGGAAGUCAGUAUGGCUCAAGAUAUUCCAUAAAUGGUAAUGGAAUGAAAGGUUACAAUAAUAGUGGCGGUUCAACAAUCCACUCUAAUCGAACAAUUGAUUCCGAUUAUGCCAUAGUUCAUAGCCGACCUGGCUCAUCUCGACGAAUGUAA